AUGACUCCUCGAGGAUCGGUUUCGCUGCUGGUCCUGCUCCUCGUCGCUCAACCGCGACUCUCCGGGGCCGACGCCGACGACCCCGAGGGCUGCUUCGUCUGCGGCCAGUACAGGUGCCCCGCGGAUUCCGCCAAGUGUCUCCUGGGCUCGGUCUCGGACCCCUGCGGAUGCUGUUCCGGAGGAAUCUGCGCCAGGCUGGAAGGGGAGCCUUGCUGGAACUCCAGCAUCCCGGAACUGCCCCGGAAGGCCCGCAACGAGGGAUUCUGCGCGACUAAUUACCUCUGUCAGCUGCGGUCGGACCUUCAACCGGAGGACGAGCCCGAGGCCGUCUGCGUCUGCAUGGAACGGAGUCCGGCCUGCGGGAGCAACAACGAGACCUACUCCACCCCCUGCGCCCUGCACGAGGAGGCCAUGAGGUCGAUGAACUCCACCCUGCGACUUCGGAAUCUGGGCCCCUGCAUGAGCAGACCCUGGAUCCUCUCUCCCUUGGACGACGUGGCGUCCUACCUCGGCCAAAGGGUCGCUCUCAACUGCGAGGUCAAGGGGUUCCCGGUUCCUGACGUCGCCUGGGAGUUCCACUCCGCCGAUGGAGGCAGGGUCAUCAAACUUCCCAGCGAGGAGCACGAGGGAACGGUGGACACGAGGGAAGGUCCCGAGCCCCUGACGAGGACGUCCUGGAUGCAACUCGCAAGGCUGGACAGGAACCUGAUCGGGACGUACCACUGCAUCGCCAGUAAUUCCAUCGGAGAGACGAGUACAGCUUCGACGGUUUCCGUGUUAUCGAAUUAAUCCUCUCUGCGAUCGAACGGGGGUGGAUUAAUUCGAGAGGAGAGAUCGAAGAGACGCGGUCGGUGCGACAUUAUUUUAUAUUCUUUUUUAUUUAAAAAGAAAUCGACGCGUGCGAGCGAGCUUUCCUUGCUCGCUCCUUGUCGUCGAUCGAGCGGAUUAAGUUGUCAACGCUCGUUGGAAUCUCUUGGCAAGGGUCUUCGUAUAUAGAUUGUAUACGUCAAAUAAAAACGUUAUUACAAAAGCACUGUAACGUUGC